AUGCCCAUUGCCACCAAGUGUCUAAAUCGACUAAUAAAAAACAUCUCACAGAAGCCUGAGUUCAAUCACCUCUACAAGGACUUUCUCACGGAGGAUGAGGCCAUGGGUCACAUGCAAAAAGUCCCCGAUUCAUAUCAAUCAUCUCACAUCACCUACUAUCUACCUCAUCACGGUGUUCUUCGUGAAAAAAGCACAACAACGAAGCUGAGAGUCGUUGUCAACGGCUCCAGCAAUACUACCUCCGGCAUCUCACUAAAUGACACACUUCACACGGGUCCAAAACUGCAGUCUGACAUCUUUGAUGUCUUACUGUAUGUCAGAAGACACCAAUUCAUCUUCACCACGGACAUCACAAAAAUGUUUCGUCAAAUCAAUGUUCACCCAGAUGAUUGGCACUAUCAACGGAUCCCCUGGGUAGAUGAUGACAAUCAACCUCAAUCAUAUCAUCUCACCACCGUUACAUACGGCACGCGUCCAGCACCAUAUCUUGCUGGCCGUGUUCUCAAACAGCUGAUCAUCGAUGAAGGAGAUAAGUAUCCACUAGUUGUUGAACCUUUUAAAAAAUGCAGUUACGUGGAUGAUAUCUGUGGAGGCGCUGAUAACGUAAAUCUCAGAAGAGGUUUUGGCGCCCUCUAG